AUGUCUCGAUUGAAUUACAAAUAUACCAACAUGAAAUGGGAAGGUCCAUCGAUGCUACGAGAAAAAGAGCAAGAGCAAGAGGAAGAGGAAGACGGGCUGCUCUCAGGGUCCCACGAAUCAUCACGCCCCAAGAGUCGUCGGUGGCUAUCCUAUGCACUGGCAUUCAUGCUUGGGCUGUCAGUUUUUAUCAAUAUUGUUGCUCUUCUUCAGCAACGAAUUCGAACUCAGGAUAUGGACGAGCUCUGCUCUACCUACACAUCAGAAAAUCCAUCUCCUAUCUCACAAGACGUCAAAAUUGCCUAUUCCACGACCGAAUUCAAUGGCUCUUUCCUCAACCCAUCCCCAUACACACUUAUUCCAGGACCUGACGUUGACGAAGCUUGGCUAGCAUUGGGAACUCAAAGCCGCCACUACGUUGUUCCCGAACACCUAGGCACCUACUAUGGUCUCAAUCCGGGCCAUGUGAAGCUCUCUCCUAAGGAUGGUGGCGGAUUCCCCGUGCUCUUUGAAUUCGAGCACCAUCUUCACUGUGUUAACCUCUUGCGCCAGUCCUCCUACUGGAACUACGACUACUACUCAAAGCAAGGGAACGGUCCAUUUCGCAAUCCUCCGGACAUCGUACGGCGCCACGUCAACCACUGUCUUGAUAUUCUACGGCAGGUGAUCAUGUGCCAGCCAGACACAGGCGUGUUCGGACAGUAUUGGGUGAGAGAAACAAAUGAGCCAUUUGUUGACUUCCAUACGAAACACAGGUGCAAAAACUUUGAGGAAAUGAAGGAUUGGGUUCUCAGUCAUCAGAUGCCAGAUGAAAAGGCAAAGGUAGUCCAAAGGCCUGGGGAUAUUGUUCUAGAUGUGAUUCCGUAA